AUGCGAUCGUUUAGAUGGCUAAGUUACGCAUCUAAAUUCCCUCAGAAAGUAGAUAAAUUCAGUAAAGCCAUUAUAAAUGGAAGCGCGGACAGCGUACUGCAAAAGUUCACGAAUCCCCAUACACGAUCAGAUGAGCUUGUUACACUAUCGGAGUCACUACUGCCACACAUUACCAACCAGGUCUACAGCGUUAUCCAACAAUAUCACAUCCUUCAAAUCUUUUCAUCACGCUCGAUUCGAUAUGAACCCAUCCUAUUCAAGUGUAGUUGGAAUAUCCUCAAGGCAGAUGUACCGCAAAACGCUCAUUCUAGUACCUGCGACGGCUUGAGUCCAGAGUUAACGCCAGGUGGGUUAGCGUUCUGCACGGCUGCAACAUUUAGCAUUCUUUCUCGCAUGCGACUAAUCAACGACCAGCAAAUGCUAGCCCUAGCCUUUGGUCGUUGCAUCGAGUUGAGCUCGAUCAUGUCCUUGGGCGCCGUGGCGAAAGCGUACGAGGCGCUGGGAGCACUUAAUCGAGACUAUUUCAGCCUCACUGAAGUAUAUUUGCACUCAUCUGAUAUGGAUACAGCUUCGACCAUGAAGGAUACUCUUGACGAGGUUCAACCCUUGGAGGUCUCUAAUCAACCCAACAUGGUAGAUAUUCUAUGUGGGGAGCUGGAAGGGCGGCUCGCAGAGCUUUCCUUAGUGCGCAAUAGGCUGUCUCUCGUAGAUGAGAGCUUCAACAUAGACGAACCUCCAUGGUGUUCGUCUAGUGAUCUCAUCACGACGUCUUCGGCAGCCUCAACGUUUCAUGGAUCUGGACCUUACAGUGCGGCUGGCAGUCGUGACGAAAGCGCAUCAAAUAAUGAUCUGUUUUCUUGUUUGGUUAUUAUAAACGCGCUCGCAGUCGUUGGAGCCUCGUCUCCUGAUAUUUUUAGAAACCUUCGCAGCGUGAUGGAGUCGUGUACCAAUUGCGGAGGGUCCACGUUAAGCGUGGGGCUUCUUGUUGAAGCGUUAAAGGGGGCAUCCCACGUCUUCCAACGUGUUAUAGAUCCUUUAAAUCAUGAGGAUAAUCCUGAGUUUCUGCAGGCACGUUCUGAGUUGAUUCACUUCUUAGUGUCUCAUUUACUUCAGAAGAAAAAUCUUGUGUUAACGCUAAGACGUAACCCUCAACUUAAUUUAGACAUCCGAAGGCUGUUUGAGGAAAACCCGAUGCUAGUGGAAUGUGCUUUUCAAUUGUGGGAUCGAAUACGUUGCAUUCGCGUCGCACACAAGCACACAAUUUCACAAAAAAAUAUUCAUCUCCCUGAAUGUCAACUUCUAAAAGGACCUAAGACAAAUUUGAAGCGAAAAACGCCCGACCUCUCAGGUGCGGAGCGUUUUGUGCCGCCUCAGUUCAAGACAUGGAAAAGCCCUCAACACACUCCGCGUCGAAAUCGCUCUGGUUCUCGAGGUGCUCCAAAAGUGAUACCAUUUGGAAGGUGGCGCAUACCAAGGGAUUAUAUUAAAAAAAAGCAACGGAGCUACUCGCGAUUUUGA